AUGUCGCUUGACCCCUCGAGUCAGUGUGUUUUGCCACACUCAGUGUUUGCUGGUAAGGAUAUUUGCAACUACAUUGAGUCGCAUUGCGAUGUUUCUUAUUUCAAGAUAUCCCAGAUCUACUAUUGUCGGUAUCACAAUCUUGUUUCGUUGAUUUUCAUCUCGUCCAUUGCUUUGCUUGCAUUGUGUUUGAUACUACUCGCUUUGAGCAUAUUGGUAUCAAACUACCUUUUCAGAAACUUGAAUGAACUAACUACCAAGUUUGGACUCAGUAAUCAAAUACUAAGCUUUAUAUUGAUCCCCUUGACCAAUUCAUUUCCCGAUAUAAUCAACUAUUUUGUGGUAUUGAGAUCGGGCAGCUCAAAUCUAGUAAUUGGUCAAUUAAUGGGGAGUUUGCUCAUUAUUUUUACCGUUAUAAUUGGAUUGAUUAGUAUAUUGAUCGAGAACUUUACAAUAGAAUAUCCAAAAUUGCUAAUUAUUGAUCUUUCUUGGAUACUUAUAGUUCUUAUACUUUUUUCCUACAUUUUGUCGGAUGGUAAGAUUACCCUGUUGGAGUGUAUCACAAUGAGUAUGGUGUACGUAGCGUACAUUGCUUUCCUUAGUAUAUUUGAUAAAGAAAGAUUAAAAGAUUAUGACGAAGAGUUGGUAAUUGGUCAUGAUGAGCAUCAGCAUCUAAUCGAACAACCAUAUAAUAUAGAAGAUGCAUUGAGUAUAAUAUCAAAUGAAGAAACUGGCGGUGAGUUUGGUUCAAUAGAAACUCGUUCCAGAUCAGCCUCACCUCGAUUGUCUCCAGUCUCUACAAGGUGUCCAUCUCCUCUCCCUGCUACAUCACCAAAGGGGGAUAGAGAUUCGGAAAGAGAAAGUUAUUUGCUGAUUCAUUAUGUAGCAAAAAUGAAGUCAUCAUCAUCAUCACCACCAACAGCAGCAGCAGCACCAGUAGCAGCACCAGCACCAGCACCAGCACCAGCAUCAAGGCAUUUACAACAAAUCCGCAUCAAAAUAAUGCUUACUCAUAUAUUUCAAACAGUAUGUAAUUGCAUUGAUUUCAUUUUGAUUUUUUUGAUUCCAUUUCAUAAAUGUAUUGAAAAUGAAGAUUCUCAUUGGAAAUUGAAGAUAAGGUAUAACAGAAUAAUACGUGCUUGGUAUUUUUUUGAGGUGCCACUAUUAAUCAAUUAUCAGUUUUUCAAAUUCCCAGUGGUUUAUGUAAUGCCACUACUCCUUAUCUUUUCCCCAACAAUGUUGAUAGUAAAAAGUAUAGGUCAUGACAUCAAACUUGUUAUUACAUCAAUACUUGGAAUUAUUACUAGUUUAAUAGUAAUCUCCAAUAUUUCCGUCUACAUUUUACAAAUGUUGAAGAAUAUAGGUAUAAUAUGGAACAUUUCCGAAUAUUUGUUAGGAAUGUUGGUAUUUGCCGUAAGCAACUCAAUUAAUGAUGUCAUUACCAAUGUAACACUUGCUACAAAGAUCAAUCCAAUAUUGGGUAUCAAUUCGUGUUUGGGAACACCUUUGUUGAUAAUAUUACUAGGUGUUGGAUUUAAUGGUUUCGUGGUGCUACAAAACAGCAAAAAACACUCCAUUAAAUUCGAUUUGAAACCAAGCGUGAUAUUGGACACUGCAGCACUAAUAUUUACAAUUUCUUUUAUUCUAAUUUAUUUGCCCUGGAACAAAUGGAGAUUGGAUCGAAAAUUGGGCAUUUGUUUAAUUUGUUGGUACUUGGUUAUAACUUUUAUUAAUUUAUAUUUGGAGUAA